UUUGAAAAACUAUUCAGUAUUCAUUUUUGUCUUGAAUUGUCAGUUUGUUAAAACUGAUUUAAAAAGUUAGUUCUGAAACUACAAUAAUUCAAAGGACAUCAGUUAUGAAUGUCAAUUGUAUGGACUGGUUCGUGGUCCAUAAGAUGGGAUUGCUAGUCUUCGUACUUUGGACGACAUUUGGGGGCGGAUGGAGUUUGGAGGAACCGUUUGACUUGGAAUUUGGACCAGACGUCGGGGACAAGUUUCAGGACAAAGCAGAUGGGUGUACUAGUGAUCUAAUGGGACUUGAAGGACCCUUGCGCUAUGACAACUACACUAUCGUUGGAGUCAAAGCUUGCCCGAAUGUGUACAUUGACCUUGUUGAUGACGCGGGUGAUACACACAACAUCGAAAUUGCGGAUAUUGACGGAGACACUGAAGACACCAUACUGGACAGAAUGUGCAUGCCCUCAGUCGAUGACGACGAUAACAUAUGCGAAUGGUACUUGCAGUACGACAGUACUUCCGACGCCUAUGAAGCGGAUUUUUCCGACUACGUCACUGGAAAACAUGCCAUCAUCUUCACAUACGAAAAAGCACACGAGUGGGAUUACAUCAGCUUCCUGCGAAAAAAUGUGGACAUCUACUUUGACGACCAGUGGACUACCGUUCUAGGAGGGGCGGACACCAAAUACGUUAACCUGGUUGACAAUAUCUUUGUUCGUAACAUUUCCAGCCAACAUGACUUGGACAUCAUCAACUCCCGUAUCGGCCAGGACUUCUCAGCUGACUAUGGCGCUGUGAUGACUUUCUACAAAGUCAAAGACUACUCUUUCCUGCUGAAUUAUCAAAUCAGCGCUCAAGUCGUCAUCGCUUGUGACCAAGCACAAAACACAACCAAUCAGACAGUCCACGUCACUGACAACAAAUGCUACAUGAUGACUCAAUACCGGGAUGUGAACUAUAUGGUCGAAGAUGGUUCUAGCGCAGAAGCUUCGUUCGCUCUUGACAGUGGCAACGUACAACUGCCAUUUGAUGGAACCAAAAAAGCCCAAAAGUGGGAGACUACAAGCAACGUCGGAGUUCCAGGACUGUGGAUCUUUGAAUUCAACCAGGGAUACGAGGCGCCUUUUGUUCUCAUCCCCCCACACCUGGUAUCCUUUUGCCAUGGAGCCUACUUCAUGCCUUCGUCUCUUCCACUCUACUCAGGUGGGGAUAACUCGGUUGAUGAGGUGGUCAUUCAAUGCACGGGCUUCUUCCACAACAGCGACUUCACCCUCGACGUCAAGUUGAUUGGCAGCUCAUUCAACAAGACAAUCCAGGCCUCAUUUGACUACAGCAGAACCAUAGUGAUCAUACCUGUGCCGGUGUUUUGGGGCGCGAACGAGGUGGUCCAGGUAAGCAUGGACGUAGACAAUGUGGAGAGAAAGAUAGACGCUACACUCUCCUUCCACGAUGAGCUGGUUGAUGGUUUGCUGCAGAUCGAGUAUCUGAGUGCCACCCGAGUCAAUGUCUCGUGGCCAAAUGCGAACAUCAACGAAUCCACGACUCUCGUCAUUAACCAGUUUUCGUACAACGGAUCCCAGAUAGGAUACGAGUCGCUAGAUGAUGCCGAUGAAAGUCUGGAGGCCGGGAACACUAGCAUCAUAUACGAGUUCGAUACCGAUGUUGCUUUGGUCCGAUUCGAGUUGGAUUCAUACCAAGGCAAAUUUAUGUAA